AUGCCAUUGCUCUAUCACCUUUUUUGUUUACUCUUAAUAUCUAGGAUUACCACAACAGUAUCAGACACAUGUCGUCAAGCAUCACCAGUCAGUGGUCAUGGUGCUAUGUAUCGUGUCGAUAGUUCUUGUUCAUAUUCAUUCUCUGGUAGUUAUAUGUAUUAUUGUUUUCCAAACGUCACGUUUAAUCAAGUAAUAGUUGAUCAAGGUUAUAUAAGCCUUGGAAUUUAUAAUCGUUUCAAUGGUGUCAGUCUUGAUAUUGGUUUAUUCUAUGAAAAUGACAUUAAACGUUGGUUAGGCUUCGUACAUGAUGCACGUGGAUGGCAAUUUGGUAAUAUGAUGAUUGAUCCAACUACAUAUCCAUGUAUCUACCUUGUUGUUUAUAUAGCAGAUGACAAAAUUAUUCAGCGAGUUCAAGCGGGCACAAUGGAACAACAAGCUCAAUAUGAACUUUCAUCAUUUGAUCCGAAUUUAAAUUUGACACAGUUAGAUCAGCUUGGGUUUUAUCGUUUCGAUAGUAUACUGCAAGAACGUUUUGAAAAUCUAAAAAGUGGUUCAAAAAUGCUUAAUGUUGAAAUGAAAGAUUGGGUAUUAUAUCUGAAUAAUACAGACUGGGUUGCAGCUGAGCCACCCUAUAUAGCGUCAAAUAUUAGUGGACCAUGUUGUACACAAGAUGAAAUAAAUACAGUUAAUGUUUACAAUCAACCACAACAAUGGUCACAGUCAAAUAUUUCUAUUUCAUACAUAUAA